AUGGCAGAGGAGGCCAAUGGAGUGGUAGAUGGACGAGGCGAGGAAGCCCGCAACCACAAGUCAUGGUCUGAUGUGUGGGCGCAUUUCGAGCGUUUCUUAGGCGCCGAUGGGAGGCAGAGAGCAAGGUGCAAAAAGUGCGGCAUAGAACUAUUGGCUGAAACCAAAAAUGGCACCAGUCGCCUUGGACGGCAUGCCCGAGACACUUGUCCAGGGAAUGGUGGUGCUCCAGAGCAGCAGCAAGGACGCCACAGGAAACGUGCAAGAUCACUACCAAUUCUUCGUGAAUCACCAGGUACCAGUAAGCUUGCCAUGGAGGAAGCUAAUGCAGACCUGGCUAGAAUGCUGGCCUUUCAUGGAUACCAUCCAUCUUUUGUUCAAGACAGAUACUUCCGGAGCUUCGUGCGACGGCUUAACCCUGAUUUUCAGAUACCCUCAUGGGAUGCCAUUCAAGAGAUGUCCAAUGGUAUCCUGGAAAAAGCACGGAGGGAUUUCAGCUCUGAAAUAGAUCGCACUUCUUCAAACCUCAGUUGGGCAAUAGACACAGUUGAAACUGUCGACGGGAUAGCCUUAUAUGUUGCGUGCCACUUUAUAGAUGAUGAAUGGAAUCUUCGUAAGAUGAUCAUGGAUCAGUACGGAGUUGCAACUCGCCACUAUUUCCCCGAAUUAGGUAGCAAUACGUAUGAGUACUGUCUCAAAGAUGGAGAUGACUGCUCGACGGUUGCUGAGUGCAUAGGUUACCUUGAUGAGUUAGCUAAUUGUUUCAGCAUGAUAGUCGGAAAAACCGGUAAUCUGAUGGAUUACUUGGCCUUGGAGAAAGAUUCAGGUGUUGUUCAUAAGUCCACCUUUGUGAACGUAGUGCUUCACUCAAUCGCCCAAUGUCUUUUUGACAAUCUAAAACUAGAAUUCUAUUUGGAUGUAUGCUUCGACAUGUCGAUUGCGGAAACUAGUCAAGAGGUUUAUUCACAGCUUGGCAUGGAUGAGCUUCGACCAUACCAAAACCAGUGGUAUUUAUGCUAUUGUUGUGUGCAAUUUCUUCAUCACAAUAGAGAUGAUGAAGUUUCAGAAUUCGAGAAAUUAUUGAGCAAGCUUUGGGGAGAAAUAUACCGUGCCAUUAAAACUGUCUCUGAUCCCAGUUUUCCAACUUCACAUCUUGGCCUUGUGGAAUUGUUUAAGAUCAGAGACCUUUUGCAGUCUGAACUGACAAGAGCCAGUGGAGAUACAACACCAACUUACGAGUACAGUUGUUUUGACAAGGAUGUUAAGCAUGUUCUUGAACUUGCAAAAGGCGAAGUAGACAGGAGCAUAGAAGAUUCAUACCGUGUAUGGUCCUUACCACUUGUGCUAGACCCCAGAUACAAACUCGGAUACAUAGAAUUCAAGUUCCCUAAGGUGUUUGGCACUGCCGCAGUGGCAGAAAACAAUAUCUCCAAGGUAAAAGAAUUCCUCAGGAAGACAUUUGAUGAUUACGAUGAAGAUGAUGAAACCACUGAUGGAGAUCCAAGUCAUAUCACUACAUUAGAUCAAGCAUGGUAUGAGCAGUACUGUUUAGAGGAUGGCGUGGCAGGGCCACAGGUAGCUGGCACAGAACUUGAUCGUUACCUCCAAGAUCCUCUCGUCCCUCCAACAGACAUUUUUAACAUUCUGAACUGGUGGAAGGUUAACAGCUCAAACUACCCGAAGGUGGCUAGGAUGGCAAGGGAUGCUCUGGCCAUUCCCACAAGCAACAGCCUUUCCUCUGAACAAAUCUCCGUGCUCAAUCUGUUGAUAUAUAAAAAAGCGUCAGUAUGA